AUGACUUCACAGGUUGAAGCCGUGAUGACGGGCCAAGAGCCAAAGGCAGUGCAAAGCCUGAUCUCGGAUCUCAAGAUGAUGGCCGCCUAUGAGACAGCUGCGGACUGGCGGGAGACAAAGGCCAUGGAUGGUGCAUUUGCAGCAAUGUCAUGGGAUGAUGCUACCGUCAAGGCCGCAUUGCCAGAAUAUCUCAAGUCCUCCGGGGAGGAGCGUGCCAAGGUGGACUAUGCAUUCAAUGCCCUCAUCCCGCGGCCACCGCAGAGCACAGACGGCCGACAGGCUGUGAUGCACACCUGGAUCAAGGCUCGCUUAUUCUCCUACAACAAGGCCUUUCCUUUCACUUUCAGCCCAUACGCAGCCUGA